GUCAGCCCCUGGAAGUUGCUGAUAGAGUUCUCCAAAUGUUGACCCCAAGCCUCCUCAUCCUGUUUGGGAGCCAGACGGGGACUGCCCAGGAUGUGGCAGAGAGGAUCAGUAGGGAGGCCCGGCGGAGGCGGCUCCAAUGCAGGGUUCAGGCGCUGGAUUCCUAUGAUGUGGUGAAUCUGAUUAAUGAACCACUGGUGAUAUUUGUUUGUGCAACUACAGGCCAAGGAGACCCCCCUGACAACAUGAAGAACUUCUGGAAGUUUAUAUUCCGAAAAAACCUGCCUCCUACCUCACUCUGUCAGAUGGAUUAUGCUGUUCUGGGUCUCGGUGAUUCCUCCUAUGCCAAGUUUAAUUUUGUUGCCAAGAAACUCCACCGGCGCCUGCUACAACUUGGGGGUAAUGUGCUCUUGCCCAUUGGCCUGGGUGAUGACCAGCAUGACCUGGGGCCUGAUGCAGUUAUUGAUCCCUGGCUUCUGGACCUGUGGGAAAAGGUUCUGGGGCUAUAUCCUGUGCCUUCUGACCUUAGUGUGAUACCUGCUGACACACCUUUACCUUCAAGGUUCAUUCUGAACUUUUGUGAUGAAGCUCCAGGGAUUUCUUAUGAGGAACAACAUUCAGAGAACCAAAGGCCUGAUCAGCUCCCUUCUGACCACAAGCCCUUCCUGGCUCCCAUGGUCUCCAAUCAAAGAGUGACUGCUGAGUCACACUUCCAGGAUGUUCGGCUAAUUGAAUUUGAUAUCACAGGCUCUGGAAUAAGCUUUACCGCCGGUGACAUUGUGAUGAUUCAGCCUCAGAACUCAAGCAGUGACACCCAGCAGUUCUGUCACCUGCUCAGUCUCGACCCAAACCGACGUUUUGUGCUGCAGCCUCGGGAACCAGAUCACACCUGUCCAGUUCAGCUGCCUCAGCCCUGUACCAUCCAUCACCUUGUGUCCCACUACCUGGACAUCAACCGUGUUCCCCAUCGCUCCUUUUUUGAGAUCCUGGCUUGUCUAUCUCAACACCAGAUGGAACGUGAGAAGCUUCUUGAGUUCAGUUCUGCACAAGGCCAGGAAGAGUUAUACAAUUACUGCAAUAGACCUCGAAGGACCAUCUUGGAGGUCCUGGGGGACUUCCCUCACUCAGCAGCUUCCAUCCCACCAGACUACCUGCUGGACCUCAUCCCCCAAAUCCGGCCCAGGGCCUACUCCAUUGCGUCUUCAUUGCUGGCUCAUCCUCUGCGGGUGCAGAUCCUCGUGGCUGUGGUACGGUACCAGACUCGUCUCCGUAAGCCCCGUCAGGGCCUCUGUACCUCCUGGCUGGCCUCCCUAGAUCCAAGGAGAGGACCAGUAAGAGUUCCUCUUUGGGUUCGAAACAGUGGGCUGACCUUCCCUUCAGAACCUAACACCCCUGUGAUCAUGGUGGGUCCUGGCACUGGAGUGGCCCCCUUCCGUGCAGCCAUCCAGGAGCGUGUGGCACAGGGCCAGACAGGAAACUAUCUAUUCUUUGGUUGUCGCCAGAAGGACAAAGACUUUUACUGUGAAGCUGAGUGGCAAGAACUCAUUCAGAGAGGCUUCUUGACCCUCAUUACUGCUUUCUCCAGGGACCAAGAGGAAAAGAUUUAUGUACAGCACCGUCUCCAGGAGCAUGGGGCACUGGUGUGGGAGCUGCUGAACCAGCACGGAGCCUACUUUUACCUAGCUGGCAAUGCCAAGUCCAUGCCAGCCUCUGUCUCAGAGGCAUUGACCUCGUUAUUCCAAUCAGAGGGUGGACUCUCCAGCCCUGAUGCUGCUGCCUACCUCACCAUGCUGGAGCGGGCCAUGCGCUUCCAGGCUGAGACCUGGGCCUGACAGACUUCACAACCCCGCUUCCCCUACAAGGGCUCAGGCCUGAGACUGACCAUGUACCCUUCACUCCUUGGUCUUGAACACAUUCUCCAGUCCCUCUCUACCUACCCUUCUCUUCCCCAUUCUGUGACUAGAUCCUACCACCUUUACCCUGUCCUAAGAGCUGGAUGUUCUCCUUUGCAGCUGGGGAAGCUGAUGAUCUUCAGUUGCUAUGAGAAGAGAAUGACUGAGGGGGUGGAACAGGGUCAGGGUAUUUGAUUUUGUGAUUAGCUGGGGAAAUGGGAUUGAGAUGUGAUAGACAAAGCAACAAUAACAUGGCAAACUGAUCACCUGCAGGGUCCUUAAAAGGGACCAGGGACUGGGACUGGGAAUAGUGGGAGAGGAUGUGUAUUCACACACACACACACACACACACACUCUCUCCCCCUCUCUCU